GCAUGCACCGCAAAUCGAUAGAAGCCCAACAAACAUUGAGGGAUGAUUCCGGCGUUAGCGAUCACGAAGACUCCGCCGGUUCGAAAUCCAACGAUGAAUCACGUCGCCUCACCUCUUCCACCGAAUCGUUGAAUGUCGUCUCACCUGCACCGACGCGCGAACGCCAACAAACCUCCUCCAGCGCGACCACACCCACAGCAACUACCGCUUCAUCAUCGUCGCCGCACAUUGACCUGAGCAGCCCCUCGCCGCCGACAACGCAUGCCCGGCAAUUGUCACCUUUGCAACAACAUCAGCGUAGUUUUUAUCAACAGCAAGCAGCGACAUUAAUACCGCCAACCGCUCAACCCUGCUAUCAUCCCCUCUUGGAUGCCGCCAAUGCCAGCGCUGGUGCGGCCACCAGCAAAGAUUUCCACAUGAUUAUGAAUACGGCCGUAGCAGCUGCAGCGGCGGCAGCUGCGGCUAGUGGUGCUGGAGGCAGUGGUGGUAGUGGUGGUGGUGGUGGUGUUGGCGCAGCAGCAGCUGGGUCCGCCAUGGGCGCUGCAAGUGGGCUGCAUCAUCAUGCGCAUGCGGCGGGUGCUGUGGGACCGUAUGCGACGCUUGAACAUGAUCCGGAUACUUUUAGAAACAACUCCAUCGCCUGUCUGCGCGCCAAAGCUCAGGAGCAUCAGGCUCGUCUUCUCAACAGCGGCCUCUUUCUGCAAGUGCGUUCUUUUGCUGGUUUUCAAGCCAGCAAUAAUGUUGCGGCGGCGGCUGCCAGUGUUGCCGCUUCGAAUCGGUCCAAUAAUAUGCUAACCAACAGCAACAACAACCGCAACAGCAAUGAAACCAUAAAAAUUGUUGACGAUUCGGACGGGCAAUGCUCACCCAUUGAUUUUGGCAGCAUUUGCAAUGCGAAUAAUAGCAACAAUAGUGGCAAUAACAACAACAACAGCAAUAUGGAUUUUUGUUUGCCCACUAUGCACCAACAACAACAACAGCAGCUGAAGUUGGAGCGCAUGUCCUGUGAUUUGUAGCAGUGAAUUGCAACCCUGCAGUCUAAACAAUAAUAUGUCCAACUUUCGACGAAGCUUGCAUAUGCAGGGCAGUUUUUACAUAAAAAAAACGAAUUUAUUUAUUCGAAAAUUUUUUAAGCAUAUUUUAGCUUAAUUAUGAAAAAUUAGUUUUUAAAGAAUAUACAUAAAAUGAUAUAAUCAUAGUUUUAAGAGCUAAAGCGUAAAAGUGGAAAAAGAAUGUAUAAAGGUUUGUAAAAAUUAAAUUUUAAAAUCUAGCGGUAAAUUCUUAAGGCACAAAAAUUUAAAAAUCAAAUUUGUACAUAUGUAUGUAUGUAUGUUUGUACAUAUGCAUUUGUAUAAUCACUAUUCCAGAAUUUUUUAUUGUCGGCACAGUUUACCGUUAAAAUAUCAUAGAAAUCUGAGAAAGAAAUAUAAUUCAUUAAAAGCUCAAAAAAUGUUUUUAACCUAAAAUAAGUUAUUUUAGAUGGGGCAAACUUGAAUAAGAAGCUCCUUUCUAAUACACAUAUAUACAUAAAUAUUUGAAACAUUUAAAAAAAAAAACA